AAAAACAGAUUUUAUUUUCGAAAAAGCAGAAGCAGGACACAUUUGGUGAAGCACUUUUUCCCGCGCUGCUGCUAUAAAAAGGCUGGCACUUACUGCCCCCACAUCAUCCAAUGUGACCAAAAGAAAAAGGGAUUAAAUUAAACCCAAAACCCAAAUACCUGGUUUUGAGAAUUUGCAUUUUGCAGGGACGACAAUGGAGAAAAAAGCAGUCUUGCUCCACUUGGUUUGUGGGGUUUUGGCUGUUUUCAGUGUUGCUGUGGUGAAAGCAGAAGACCCAUAUAAGUUUUACACUUGGACUGUGACUUAUGGGACUCGUUCUCCUCUUGGCGUUCCUCAACAGGUAAUCCUUAUCAAUGGUCAAUUUCCUGGCCCUAGACUUGAUGUGGUCACCAAUGACAACAUCAUCCUCAACCUUAUUAACAAGCUGGACCAACCUUUUCUCCUAACAUGGAAUGGGAUUAAACAGAGGAAGAACUCAUGGCAAGAUGGGGUAUUGGGAACUAAUUGCGCCAUCCCGCCAAACUCAAACUAUACCUACAAGUUUCAGACUAAGGAUCAGAUAGGUUCCUACACAUAUUUCCCAUCAACGCAAUUGCACAGAGCUGCUGGAGCGUUUGGAGCCAUCAAUAUCUACGAGAGACCUCGGAUCCCAAUCCCUUUUCCAAACCCUGAUGGAGAUUUCACUUUACUUGUUGGUGAUUGGUACAACACCAGCCAUAAGGCGUUGCAGCAAACUUUGGACUCAGGAAAGUCUCUUCCUUUUCCUGCUGGUGUUCUUAUAAAUGGGCAGACAAGUAACACCUUCACUGGUGAUCAAGGCAAAACAUAUAUGUUCAGGAUCUCAAAUGUAGGCUUGUCAACCUCAUUAAACUUCAGGAUUCAGGGCCAUUCCCUGAAGUUAGUUGAAGUUGAAGGAUCUCACACAAUUCAGAACACAUAUGACUCUCUUGACGUACAUGUUGGCCAAUCAGUGGCUGUCCUUGUAACCCUAAAUCAACCUCCAAAGGAUUACUACAUUGUUGCAUCCACACGAUUUACUAAGCUAGUUCUUACAGCUACUUCAGUACUACACUACACAAACUCUCACACCUCAGUUUCUGGACCCGUUCCCGCUGGUCCUACUUACCAAAUACAUUGGUCUGUGCAGCAAGCCAGAACUUUCAGGUGGAAUUUGACAGCAAAUGCAGCCAGGCCUAAUCCUCAGGGCUCAUACCAUUAUGGCAAAGUCACCCCAACAAAGACAAUUAUAUUAGCCAAUUCAGCACCUUUGAUAAAUGAAAAGCAGCGUUACGCAUUCAACAGAGUCUCCUACGUGAACCCCGAUACCCCUCUAAAGCUUGCUGAUUAUUUCAACAUCCCUGGUGUCUACAGCUCUGAUUCCAUCCAAACUGUUCCCUCCAGUGGCUCCGCAUUCAUAGCUACCCCCGUAGUGCCAGCCUCACUCCAUGACUUCCUCGAAAUUGUUUUCCAAAACAAUGAAAAUACCCUCCAAUCUAUGCAUCUAGAUGGCUAUGAUUUCUGGGUUGUUGGCUAUGGUUUCGGACAGUGGACAGCAGCCAAGAGAAGAACAUACAAUCUAGUUGAUGCUCUUACCAGACAUACUGCUCAGGUGUAUCCAACCUCUUGGACCACAAUAUUGGUGUCCCUAGACAACCAAGGUAUGUGGAACUUGAGGUCUGCUAUAUGGGAAAGGCAGUAUCUUGGUCAACAGUUUUAUCUCAGGGUUUGGAAUCCUGUCCGCAGCCUGGCUAAUGAAUAUAACAUUCCUUCAAAUACUCUUCUGUGUGGCAAAGCUCUUGGCCGGCACCCAUAGAAUGACCUUGAAUUCUUCGGCGUCUAAUUCUUGAGUCAUUAAAGUUUGACUGAAGUGAAGACAUGUUUCAGAAAGGAAAGUAAAAGAGAAGAUUCUUAUUUAAUGUUUUCUUUUUCAUAUUUAGUUGUAUAAUUCUAAAUUUAGAUGAAUUUUCCUUUGCCUUUGUACGGGAAAUAUUGUAUGCUAUGGUUAUAUAAUAUAUU